AUGGGUUGCUCUCAGGGUGCCACCGCAGUCGAGGAGAUUGGCAAGGACGCCCGUGGCCACGCCUUCCCGAAGUUGCCAAGCACCAAGAAGACUCGACGGUCGUUGAAGAACGACUCUGGUGUGAAGUGGUGUGAUGAUGGCAUAGCUUUCUACGAGGUGGCUGAUUCGAGAUGCAUUUUUCAUGUAGAGGGUGCGACCAUGGUUGAGUGCGAAGAAUCGCCCGGAACCAGAAGCUAUGACUCCUGGCAACAUGAUUUGGAUGCUGUAGAUGUGAAGAUGCUUCGGGCUGGUAAGCCUGUGCCCAUCAAUCAAGCCGCGCACCAUCGACUCGUCCGGCGGAUGGAGUCGUCUCUGCUUGAUCUAGCAGAGCAUCCAGCUGGCCUUACACGUGAGGUGGCUAGGCGCCGCGAGUUGCUGACCGAGGAGGGUAGACAUAAACCUGUUGAAGACCCGCGUGGACAGUUGCCUGAGCAGCGGCCGCGGACACAAAAGCCUCGUACUCAUGGAUGA